ACGCCCCGCGAUCACGACUGUUGUGAGUAUCACAACCUAGUAUACUAAAUCCAAUGAACGUGAGGUAUUGCCCAGUCGUGGCGCCGCUAAACUCGACGCGAAACGUCUCGUCUGUCACUAUCAUAUAAGUCCCCACGUGAGACACAACUUUUGAACCCGUUUCGUCAUAACGCGAUGUUUCUCAAUAUUUAUGUCACUUGAUUCAUCAUCGUAAAAUUUUGAUUCAACAUUUUUAUAACUCAAAUCACGUGUCAACGUUUAGUGUUGUGUUUAUUGGUCUACAAGUGUUAAAAACAAUCUACAAACUGUUUUAUGUGUAUUUGACGAUAUGUAAUUGGACCGUUAUUUAAACAAUCAAUUGACGAUGAGUUCUUAUCAGUUUGUUAAUUCUUUAGCACAGUGCUAUGGACAACCAGGUCGUUCUGGUGAACAAUCUCAUCAGAAUAAUAAUCAAGGAGGUGAUUACUACAAUCCUAAUGCUACGGCAGCUUCUAGUUAUCCACCUGCUUGUUAUUCGCCACCCCAAGUCGGUCCUCAGUAUCCUCCACAUCCUUAUGCGACACCAGCACCUGGCCACGGAUUACAACCAACAAUAGGAGAUUAUACUCAACUUCAACCUCAAAGAAUAUCUGGAGGAACAAAUACACAUAUGCACCAUGCCAGCCCGGGUGGACAAAGUCCUGGUAUGUUGAACCCUGCAGCUAGUUGUAAGUAUGCCGAUUCAACAUCUUCAACUGGCGUUGCUUCUCCACAAGAUUUAAGUACUAGUGGUCCACCGACUAGAGCCACACCACCACUGAUAAAUACUCAAACAAGUAACACGCCAAAUGCCACAAUAACUUCGAAAAGUUCCGGCUUAACUUCACCCUUAUCUGUAAGUACUUCUCCUAGUGGUAAACCAGUAACAGGAUCUUCUACUGCUUCGCAAAAUCUUUCUUCUCCGGCUUCAAGCACCAGCUCUACAUCUAGCAACGAGAAAUCUGGAUCGAAUAAUAAUUCAAAGAGUGGCUCUUCUUCAAAUCCUCCACAAAUUUAUCCUUGGAUGAAGAGAGUUCAUCUUGGACAAAGUACAGUGAAUGCAAAUGGAGAAACAAAACGACAACGGACAUCUUACACUAGGUAUCAAACACUAGAAUUGGAGAAAGAGUUCCACUUCAACCGUUACCUUACGAGGCGGAGAAGAAUCGAAAUAGCUCAUGCACUCUGUUUAACGGAGAGACAAAUCAAAAUAUGGUUUCAAAAUCGACGAAUGAAGUGGAAAAAAGAGCACAAGAUGGCCAGUAUGAAUAUCGUUCCUUAUCACAUGUCCCCAUAUGGUCACCCCUAUCAAUUUGACCUGCAUCCUAGCCAGUUCGCUCAUCUUGCAACUUAGGAUGUUUUUUGAAUGUGAUUCUGUUAUUAUAUAGAUUUCCACCUGGCGUCCCUCCAGGACGAAGGAUAUGCAUUCCACCAGGCAAUGGGGAUGGGAGGUAUGGGAGGCAUGCAGCGAGGACUCUACGCUUGCGGAAGUCCCUACAGCUAGCCCUGGGCCACCUACAACGGAGACUGCGGACCUUCAUAGGUCGAAAUCGGAUCUUAGGGCAGUCUUCGAGUCGUGGUAACGCGAUGGAUCACAUUGAGAGAAGAUCAUGAAUAAUGGACAGCAAUGAAGUAAUUUGAAAUCUGUCUCAAGAUUUGCAGAAGAUUGUCAAUUAUACUAAAUUGGAUGUUUCGUAGAAAUACAGAAGAAACUAAAAGAAAUUUCUUCUACUUACAGCUUAUGAAAAAGUUACUAGUGAAAUAUGUGAAACAUCAUGAAGUACCACGAUUAACCUAUUGUUUCGUGCCAAUAAACGUUCAAACGUAUUGGUUUACUAUGAAAAAAAGCUGUGAAUGAAUAGUGCAGCUGAUUCUUGGAUAAUCCUUAUAGAAAUAUAUUAAAAUCAAACAAAAAGGAUUUAAACACAAUACGCUAAAAAUUCAAAUGUAACCUAAUGUUUUCAGAAUAACAGAUGAGAGUUGUAAAAUAUUUGAUGCGUUGAUGAGAAUGAAUUAUCUGUUAUUAUGAAAAUAUUUAUUAUUAUAAUUUUUUUUGUUAAUGACAUUACAUAAACAGCUUUAUUUGUUUCUUAUAUUUUCUAACAUAUACUUAUUAUUUAAUGCAUAAUUGAAUUUGAAUGACAGUGCAAUAUUGUUGAACAUCUUAUUUUCAAUGUUGUUGUAUAUUUUUCUUUUUCAAAAAAAGACAUUAUGCUCACAUUUUUAUUAACAAUUUAACAGGGUAUUUAAGAAGGUUAGUAACACAUAUUGUUGUUUUGUGUACAUUAAAUUCUGCAGAAAAACAAAAGAUAUACCUAUUGAAGUAAUAGAUAUACACGAAAAAGAUGUUUCAAAUAUUACUCGCUACAUUACUGUUAUAGUAUAUUACAUGAUAAAAAAUAGGUCUUCUAGUCGUUUUUAUUUGUAUAAUACGUUUAUGUUGUCAAACAAUCAAAAGCUACUCUGGUUUGCUCACUCCACUUAUGGAGCUAGUACUUUCGAAACGAACUUCUUUAUCACAUAUUUUUCUUGGAAAAAUUUUCCUUCCCAGACGGUGCUAAAUUUAAAUUUUUUUCGCAAUUUCAGAGACUACUCGUCAUAAAUAUAGGUUUACUAUUUGACCUAGACAUUAUUUGUAUUCACCUUAACACAUAAUAUUGAAAAAUCAGCCUUCUCGGAUAAAUAACAUUCAUGAGAUACAUUCUCCAAUGUAGUUGAAAGUUUUACCUAAACUCACCUUAACAACAACAAUCUGAAAACUCGUAUAUAUCUUCAUUUUGGUAUUGCAAAACUUGUCUCAAGUACUCGUAUUAUAACGUCUCAUGUCUGCGUGUUUAGUUAGGUAUUCGAGGUCAAAAUCCACAAAAAUUGCAAAUAUGUCGUUUCCUAUAGCUUUAAAUAUUUAAAUCUAUAUACAUUCAUCGUAAAUAUUGUCGAGAAUAAAAUUCCUCCCAGCUUAUUUCCACAAUAAAAAUAUAUCUAUUUAUAGAUAAUUUGCAUUACACGAGGUUUAUUUCCCACUAAUCAAAUAUAUUUCUUCUUUUAGUAACACUUACCUGCUCUUGUAGUUCAAAAUUUGUUGAUUGAAAUAGAACUUUCCAAU